AUGGCAGCUCUCACUACCGUGGUCUCCGCUGACAAGGUCAAGCUAGGCUGGUGCUACACAACGGCCGACUGCUCCAACGGAGAAUUCUUCAAGGUUGAGGGCCAGCGCAACAUCAAGACGACGGACAUCUCGAAGUCCAUUCGCGACUGCAAGUCCUUCCUCGCCCAGCCUGACCCGAUGGCGGAGGUCUUUGCCUGCCAGGGAGGAUGCGACAAGGACUGCAACUCCGCCGCCUUUGGCAAGUGCCUCUACCUCAACCCAGGGAGCAGCGCCAAUGCGCGAUACAACUGCAUCAAGCGGUGGUGA